AUGCGCCUCCUCCGCGCCCUCUCCGCCGCGCUCCCUCUCGCGUUCGCCACCCUCUCGCUGGCCUUCAUCAUCACGGCGUUUGUGUCCCGCGACUGGGCCAAGCAGGACUUCUUCCCGCCCAACCUCCAAAUCAUUGACUGGGACCCGGACAAUCCGCUGUACACGCUGUACCGCAGCCCGUUCACGGUGUGCACGGUCGAGGAAAUCGCCGGCACGGCCGGCGACGGCCUGGACACGACGUUCGAGGUCAGCUGCGAGCGCUACCGCGCGUACGGACGCGGCAAGACGUCGUGCGAGCUCCCCAGCAACACGGGCACCACGUCGGGCCCCACCAACGGCGACGCCCGCAUGUGCGAGCAGAUCCACUACGCCGGCAACCUCAUCAUCGCCGCCCUGGCCUUCGCCUGCCUCGCCUUUGUGCUGUGCGUGGUGCUCUUCCUGCUCAGCUUCAUCACCUACGGCCACCGUCCGGCCCCGGUCUCCGCCAACGGCGAAGCCACCGAGACCAAAGGCCGAGGCGGGCGCCGCGCCGCCUUCACCACCCUGCGCAGCGCCUUCCUCUGCUCCUCUGCCGUCGCCGCCAUGACCACCUUUCUCGCUCAGUGCUUCGGCAUCCUCGGCCUGGUCCAGUCGCAGCCCGACAACGGCCUCUACGCCAGCUUCCUGAACGGGAACUCCGUCCUGGAUGGUGACUUGUCCCACGCCCCCUGGGUGCAGGGCUGGGCCCUCAGCGUAUAUGCCUCGCUGGGGUGGCUGUGUGCCGCCUUGGCCGCAGGGACGGCCGCGGGCUGGUAUCGCUUUUGA